AUGUCGCCGCUGGGGCUGCGGCCAUGGGCAAACAAUUUUUCCAUUAUAUUCACAGCUCUCCUUUGCUGUAUUCUGCUCUUGUCGAUACCCAUCGCCGCAUCUCAUCACUAUCCUGGUCCUCGUAACCUUCAUAAACAUCAUGCCCAGCCCAGGGCAAACGCUGAAGAAGAUCUUCAUCAGCACUUAUCGUCACGCUUCAUUGCGUCUUUUGUUGAGCCUGACGCUUUGGCAAACACAACACCUGCUGCUGGCCAGGACGAUUUUACUUGCGGCCCCAACAAACCAUGCUCUAAUGGGGCUUGCUGCGGCGAAAGUGGAUGGUGUGGCUAUGGCCUGACGUACUGCGGCAAAGGCUGCCAGUCCAACUGCAAUGCCACUGCUGAUUGCGGUGAAUUUGCCCGCCAGCCUGGUGCCGCUUGCCCUCUAAACGUCUGUUGCUCUGAGUUUGGCUUCUGUGGAACAACUGCAGAUUUUUGUGGCAAGGGCUGUCAGUCUAAUUGCGAGCAACCCAAGCCUUCUGGACCUGCCACAGAUGUUCAACAGAGAGUUAUUGGCUAUUGGGAAGCCUGGAACUCUCAGCAUCUAUGCGGCACGAUGACUGUUGGCGAGAUUCCGGUUAACUAUCUUACCCAUCUGAAUAUUGCUUUCGGAUAUAUCAGCAGCGAUUUUCGUAUAACAAACAUGGACGGCGUGUCCUCAGAUCUAUACCGCAAUGUGGGCAAUCUUAAGGCUAGAAACCCAAGUCUCAAAAUUGUCAUUUCUUUAGGAGGCUGGGCUUUCAGUGACCCCGGCCCUUGGCGCGCCAUUUUUCCUACAAUAACGUCUUCUGCAGCAAAUCGUGCGAUAUUUAUCCAGAAUCUACUAGGUUUUCUCUCAGAGUAUGGUUACGAUGGAGUUGAUUGGGAAUACCCGGGGGCCGACGAUCGAGGCGGCAGUGAUGUAGACGCUGCCAACUACGUUGCCCUUCUCAAGGAGCUACGAGCAGCCAUAACCAGUAGCGGCCAUAGCUACAUUGUGACAUUUACUGCACCAACAUCAUAUUGGUACCUACGGCAUUUCGAUAUCAAAAACAUGUCGACAUAUGUCGAUUGGAUCAAUCUCAUGUCCUAUGAUCUUCAUGGGGUCUGGGAUAGUACAAACCCGAUUGGUAGCCAGGUCCUCGCUCAUACUAAUCUAACUGAGAUUGACCUAGCUCUGGAUUUAUUUUGGAGAGCGGAAAUAGAACCGUCCAGCAUCGUCUUAGGUAUUGCAUUCUACGGUCGAACUUUUAACUUGAAGUCGUCAUCUUGCUGGAAACCGGGCUGUCCGUUUGGUGGCCCAGGAGAUGCGGGCCAGUGUACUGGUACAGCAGGCAUCUUGUCAUAUCGAGAGAUACAAACGAUACUCGACCAGACUGGUGCAACCUCAUACUUAGAUAAAGAAGCUGCUGUACGGUACAUGGUAUAUGGCAAUAACAACUGGGUUUCUUAUGAUGAUGAAAUCACAUUCCAGGCAAAGAUCGACUAUGCCAAUAAGAUUGGUCUUUCGGGACUUCUGAUCUGGGCAAUCGACCUUGAUGACAGUAAACUUGACGCACUUAGAGCUAUCUCAGGAUAUAGUGGAUCGACCGGAGCUGACAGCGCCUUCUCUCUUGUUGACCUGAAGUACUUAUUCCCGUCAGAGGAGCUUCCACCCUCUGACUCUCCGACCUCAUAUGGCCUGGUCACAUUCGGCAGUGGUGGUGAUCUAAAUGAUGUGAAUCCUACGACUGGACCAUUCGGCUUUUUUCUGGUUGCUGGCGACUCCCAUGUUGUCUCAAAACUGAAGAAAAGGAGUGGGGAACCGGAACCAUUUGUUUUCCUCGACUGCCCUUCAGAUGUUCGAGAACAGCCAAAAGACAAAGCUCAAAGUGCCAGAGUCAUCUGCUUGAGCGAAGAUGUAGAGGGAUGUUUCCGAAUUCUUGAGCGUGGCGUAGAAGGGACUAUUGUUGAGAUGCCUGAUAAUUGCGCCUCUAAUACAUUUGCAAGAGCCAUCUCUUUGAACGUCUCGCCUGACCAAUCUGUGCCUUUGAGCAUAGGAAAGAGAACUCCCACCUCUGUCGUGUAUGAUUUCUCAUUUGACUUCAACCUUGGUCUCAUGCGCAGAGACUCGAACAACACCAGAUUCCGACUAGACUACUCGAACGUCAAGGGCUACUGGGACCAUCUUGUCAAUGCACCAGGUAUUCAGUCUCGAGAUUUGAAUAGAUUAGAAAGCCGAUUUUUCGCCCCGACGACAGAAGAUUGGGAUUCAGUAUUCGACAAAGUCGAAUUCGAUUGGUCCCACACUGAUGCUACGCAGAUUAAAGGAGACCUGAGCGCGCCAGUUUUCUGGCAGUCCGUGGAGGACUUAGACCAAGCUCAUGGCUUUUUGAAAGCAAGGGGCCAGACGGAUUUAACGUAUGGCAUUGGGGGCAUUGGAGAUAUUGACAUAUCCAAAGCAGGGAAAGGAAACCCAGCAAUUAGCGAUGACAAUCGCAUUAACCUAAAGGGCCACACGAUCGAUACUUCGGCCUCGGGCGGGAUAAUAUCACUCAAUCCAUACUAUCAAUUCACAUAUCAAAUGGCAACUCUCAACGGUUCCAACGGCGGUGAUUUUUCGAGUAGCACAGCUGCAUUCAACGGACGGCUAACCACUCGUAUCAUUACCGAUUUUGGAGACUUCCAGGCAAACUUUCCGCCUCCUGAAAAUCCACCUGAAGGGAUGUACAACGACAAACGCCAACAGAACCAGAUAUCGAUACCCAAAGAUGAUGUCCUUUAUGGCAGUUCUCCUAACGGCGGCCAAAUUGCUAUUGGUACUUCUCUCACCCUAGGGUUGAACUUGGAAUUCCUCAUAUUCGGUGAUUUAUUUCAUUGGGCAUUUGACCUUCCGAAGCUGGUUUAUGAUACUAUGGAAGUUUUUACUUUUUCACCCGGAAGCGAAGACCACCCCGAGUUUGCAUACAUAAGACUCCCUAACAACAGUUUAUCUGAUGACUUGGCCGAUGCGAACACAGAUAUGCUCAUCGAUUACGAAAACAUCAAUGAUCAUGGCCUUGAAUCAAAGCGAGGUUCCAUUAGUCCUCGACAAAUGGGAUCAAUACCAAUAGACGGCUGGGGCUACGGCUCUGGUAGCGCCGCAGAUCCAAACCUUUAUUUCGAUGCUAGCCAGGGACUAAGUACAUUCCAGAGCUCGAAAUCGAAAUUUCUCUGUGUGAAUUGCGAUGAUUGUUACGAGGAAGAUAUAAACGAAUGCUGCGGAUGCAUUUCUAUGGACUAUGUUUGGGAUCUGCGGGAUAUGCCCCCCUGUGACCCUAACAUUUGCGAGCAGCGCGCUGGCGAAUGGCCAAGCACCAGCACCAAUUUGAAAAGAGAAGAAGGUGAUCUUGAAGUGGGAUCUGAGCAUGCCAUUUCAAAGCGUGAUGCAGGUGAGGCAACCAUUACGCCAAAAAAAGCCAAAUUUUGCGGUAAAGAUGUCUGGGCAAAUACGCCGUACAAUUACCCGUCAUUUCCGAAGGAUGAUACAUGGCCAUGGGAAGGCAUCCAACAGGGCAGAUGGGAUUCAAUAUCGAGGUAUUGGGGCAACUCAUCAGGCCUUUGCCAAAGCUGGGCGGUAGGCAAGAUUCAACCAGCAGAUGUGACAUAUAUCCCCAAGCGAAAUGGGCUCCCAGGGUAUGAGGCAACAAGGUCAUCAUACCAAACCGAGCAUGUUUUUGAGGGUCAGCUAAUUGGUGACUUCUUUACCUACUGGCUGGACAAGGGUAGGCUGAAUGACAAGGACAAAGCCAUCUACACGACGCCCAAGAUGGCAUGUUCCGUCACUAACGAAUAUGUAUCCAAGAUACGAAAUGCUAAUUACUUUCAAUUACCCAAUUACGCGGGGAAUCUGAAGAAGGCAUCGUUUGGUCAGAUUCUCAUGUCGGAGCUGGGCAGCCAAGCUCACUUGGACCGCUUAACAAUAUUUCAGUCGAGGCCUAAUCAAAGAAAAGGAUUGGUAAGUCGUGUUCACAUUUCCAAGCUGCAAUUUCCUUUUAAAUAUUCCUGUAAUCUGAAGCUAAUAUGCGCGCUGCAGAUAUUUCAAGGUAACACUGUUGUAUCAGAUAAUACAUACAAGGGCCAAACUCAACAAGAACAGCUCUUAGUAGCCAAGGAAGUCGGUAAGUUAUCAGAGCUACACCAACCAUAA